CUCUUAAGCCAUCACGAGACGAAUACAGUGAUCGAUCAGUCAUCAUCAUCCUCUCGUGAAAACCAGGGUUUUGCAACUCACUCUUCACCACCACUAGUACCACAACCCUUCCUCACUCAAUGGCCAAACGCACCUGCUGCUCCGAUCCGUCAACCGCCGUAUCUCCGCCACCUAUCUCGCCGGAAUCUCAGACCGAUCGUUUCAACAACGACUUUUUACUCGAAUCCUUCUUACACGCCUCCGAUUUCGACUCAAUCAACACCUCUUUCGACACGCUGAUUGAAUCUAGGUCUUCUGAUUCCGAUAAACACGAUUUGAUUCAACGCGCUCUUCACAUCGGUUCGAUUCUUCUGGAAGCCGGAAAACGGUCCGAUCGGAAACGUUCUCUGUUUCAUAACGCUGUUGUUUGGCCUCUUCCUCCUGACCUAACGAUUAAGGUUUUUGCUUUGCUUGAUACGCAAAGUGUGUGCUAUGCUGCGGCUACGUGUUCAUUUUUUCAAAAGUGUGCUGCGGAUCCUUCGUGUUUUGCUAGUAUUGACUUGAUCACGUCAGUUCCUAAGGUCAAUAAUGGUGUAGUGUCUUCCUUGAUUCGACGAGCUGGAAAUGCACUUCAGUCUAUUAAACUUGGUGUGCUCCCACCCUCGACAUCUCCUCUUUUCUGUUCAUCUGAGCCGUUGGUUUAUAGUAUUAGAAACUCAACCGAUGCGUCAGGAGUUUCAUGGAAUGACAAGCGAUCUAGGCAAGGAAAAGAGUCAUCUAUUCUAACAAGGUCCUGCUUAAGUUAUUUGAGUGAGAAUGGUGGUGCACCUGGGGCUCGUUUGAGAAGAUUGCACUUGUUUAAUAUUGAAAGGAUGGAUAAUGCUGCACUCUCGGCGUCAUUGUCAGCUUGCCCUUCUCUUCUUGAUCUAGAAAUCGUGGGCCUGCAUGUUGAGUUGAGGCAGACAUUGGAAUCUGUGAGCAAGCAUUGUCCCUUAAUAGAGCGUUUGGUCUUUGAAUCAUCAAAAACAGGUAGAGAUGAUGGUUUGAAACACCCAACCUGCUAUGAAUUCGUGCACAGUUGCCCUAACAUAACAACCUUGGCACUAAAAGGAUUCAAGUUGCAUGAUUACAAGGCCCGUAUGCUGGUCAAGGGGCUUCGCAAAUUGAAAAUUGUUGAUUUCUCAACGUCUUAUUCAUUCACGGGUGCCUUUUUGAAGAACCUUGGUGCCAGUGGUGGUGGAAAACAUCUGGAGGUUAUGAUAUUACGAGACUGCAUGCAUCUCAAAGAAAUUGAAGUUGAGCACUUUAUGGGAGCUGUUCUUGCAGGAGAAUUCGAGCGUUUAAGACAUCUUGACAUAUCGAACCGCGAAGGUCUGGCGUCUGAUGGUGAUUGGUUUCGUAGAUGCUAUAGUGCGAGUUUCAUUCCCAUAAAGCAAUUAUUGGAAGAAAGGCCUAAUUUCUGUCUUGUAGCCGAGUUUCCCAAAGGAAGUUACAUUGAUGUUGAACAACCAACCUCCGGUGAUUUAAACAGUGAUGUGAGUUUAGCUUCUCAGUUCAGCAGCCAUGCAUCUGAUGGCUCGUUUCUCAUGAGCGCAUCAGAUAGCGGUUCUGAUAGCGGUAACGAGGAUGGUCAAGAAACUAGUUUUCUAACUUAUGAUGAAAGUUCAGAUGAGAUUGACUUUCUCUCCGCUUGACAUUUUUCACAUACGAGUAGUUAAUAUAAGGGAGUUGAAGCUGGUAAUGGUGAAUCGAGGGAUUCUCUCCAACCGUAGGCAUGAUUACUUUCUCCUUGUAAAUAAGCCGAAACCGUAAAAGGUGAGCCAUGGGCACAUAAACAGUACACCGCCUUUGGUUCACGAGCUAUGUGAAAGCACAGGUUGUUCACCGACCCAAUGUUGGGUUUAGGGUGGCAGUUAGGUAGUUCAUUGCUCAAGUGGCAAUGUAUAGAAGUAACCAUCGAGCAUUGAUUGAUCCGGAAAUCCAAAGCAUUCACGUUAACCCAAAGAAUUUGUACGUGUAACCUGUUACUGAAAAUUCACGGGGCCCACCAAUACCCUGCCAACUAGUGGGACCAAGAAAAGCGAAACAUACACUAGACCGGUUAGGCCCAGCAAGCAUUGAUUCAAAGUUUCAAACCUUAGACCUUCUCUAAAGGGGAAGCAAGCGCUUAUCAUAGUGCUAUUGAAGGUUGUUAUUAGGUUUUUUGGGUUCUUAUUUUAUUUAGGUUUGAUUUAGCCUUUUGUUUCAUUUGCCUCAAAUUGGGUCGAUUGGGUGGUGAAAAAUUCAAAUACCUACUAAUUUUUUACG